UAAUCCUAAUGCAGCGGAACCACUCUCUGUUUUGAUACCCAAUAGAGAAAAAUCGAGAAUGGCGACGGCGAUGAGCAGCGUUAAAGAGAAGGAGAAAGGUGGGAGAGUGAAAUCGAAGCCACCAAUUGCAAGGGCGAAAGCGAAACGAAUAUGCUUCUCAUUCGCGGCAUACGCGAACGAGCUCCUAAACAGCCUGAAAUCGUCGAACAUGGUAAUCGAGAAAGGACUCUCGGAGGCGGAACUCACCAACAUAGAAUCUAAAUUAAGAUUCUCGUUUCCAGCGGAUCUUCGCGUGAUUCUCCAGCAAGGCCUUCCCGUUUCUCAAGGCUUCCCCAAUUGGCGUUCCUCUUCAACGCAACAGCUCCAAAUUCUUCUAAACCUCCCAGCAGCCUCCAUUCUCCGUCGGGUCGCAAAGACCCGAUUUUGGCACCCUUCCUGGGGCCCCCAGCCAUCCGACAUCACCCGAGCCGUGAGGGGGCUGUUAAACGACGCGCCGCCUCUCGUUCCCAUUUAUCGACAUUGUUAUAUCCCUUCCUCCACCGACGGUGCUGGGAACCCCAUUUUCUACAUUGACCAGGAUGGCCAAGUUUUGCUGCUAAGCUUCGACGUGGCGGGGUUCUUCCGGGAGUUUCUGGUGCGGGACUCGGAGGAGCCCGUGUGGGCGGCCACCGCGGCUAGAAGGGUCAGGUUCUGGUCGGAGGUGGCGGAGGCGCGCUGCGGGCGGUGGUGGUGGUGGGGCAGCGCCGUGGAGAAAGGGGUGGCCGGGUGCAUGGACAAGGCGGUGUGGCGGCUGAGGGAGGGUGGGUGGAGGGAGGAGGAGAUACGCGACAUGAUGACGCUGGAAGAGAAUCAGAAUCAGAAGAAGCACGAUUCCUUGAAUUUCAAAGACAAAGAGGGCGUCGCCUGGCACGUGACACUUUUGUCCUUGCUUUUGUUGCGUGCGGGCUGGUCCAGGGAGGAUGUCGUGUACUCGCUUGGGGUCCUUGGUGAUGAAGCCAAAUCAUCAGGACCACCAACACACUCUUAAUUAAUCAACCUUUUCACCUACACUUUUUUUUCUUUUUCCUUUUUUUUCUUAACAUAUAUAGAUUAUAGAAAUAGAAUACAUAUACAAGACCAGAAUUUAAUUUCUGAGUUUCUGUGGACUCCAUUUUUUUUAAUUGUAAAUUAAGUUUAAUUAUUAUUGAAGUAACUAAGACUGAUCUUAAUCCCU